ACUCCUCUGGCAAGCAUGGGAGGAAAGGAGGAGGAGUUGUUGGCCAGCAAAAACAGAGUAGAAAAGAAACUUGUGCACAGCCAGUACACCACGUCUAUUCCACAGAGGUUUCUCAAUCCCAGAGAUCCAGCCAGGGCUUUUGCUGCAGCUGAAGGAAAAGGCAGAAGUGGGGAAGACUUUUUUCAAAAGAUCAUGGAGGAAACAAAUACGCAGAUUGCUUGGCCGUCCAAACUAAAGAUUGGAGCCAAAUCCAAGAAAGAUCCCCAUAUUAAGGUUUCUGGAAGGAAAGAAGAUGUUAAGGAAGCCAAGGAAAUGAUCAUGUCUGUUUUAGACACAAAAAGCAAUCGCGUCACGUUGAAAAUGGAUGUCUCACACACAGAGCACUCACAUGUAAUCGGCAAAGGGGGCAACAAUAUAAAAAAGGUGAUGGAAGAGACACGGUGCCACAUCCACUUUCCAGAUUCCAACAGGAAUAACCAAGCAGAAAAGAGCAACCAGGUGUCUAUAGCAGGACAACCAGCAGGAGUAGAAUCUGCCCGAGUUAGAAUUCGGGAGCUGCUUCCUUUGGUGCUGAUGUUUGAGUUACCAAUUGCUGGAAUUCUUCAACCAGUUCCCGAUCCUAAUUCCCCCUCCAUUCAGCACAUAUCCCAGACAUACAACAUUUCAGUGUCAUUCAAACAGCGUUCCCGAAUGUAUGGUGCUACUGUCAUAGUGCGAGGGUCUCAGAAUAACACUAGUGCUGUGAAGGAAGGAACUGCCAUGCUGUUAGAACAUCUUGCCGGGAGCUUGGCAUCAGCUAUUCCUGUGAGCACACAGCUGGACAUCGCGGCUCAGCAUCAUCUCUUUAUGAUGGGGCGAAACGGGAGCAACAUCAAGCAUAUCAUGCAGAGAACAGGUGCUCAGAUCCACUUUCCUGAUCCCAGUAAUCCACAGAAGAAAUCCACUGUCUACCUCCAGGGCACCAUUGAGUCUGUCUGUCUUGCAAGGCAAUAUCUCAUGGGUUGUCUUCCUCUUGUGUUGAUGUUUGAUAUGAAGGAAGAAAUUGAAGUAGAUCCACAAUUCAUUGCUCAGUUGAUGGAACAGCUGGAUGUCUUCAUCAGUAUUAAACCAAAGCCAAAACAGCCAAGCAAGUCUGUGAUUGUGAAAAGUGUUGAGCGAAAUGCCUUAAAUAUGUAUGAAGCAAGGAAAUGUCUCCUCGGACUUGAAAGCAGUGGGGUUACCAUAGCAACCAGUCCAUCCCCAGCAUCAUGCCCUGCUGGCCUGGCAUGUCCCAGCCUGGAUAUCUUAGCUUCUGCAGGCCUCGGACUCACUGGACUAGGUCUCUUGGGGCCCACCACCUUAUCGCUGAACACAUCAACAACUCCCAACUCACUCCUGAACGCUCUGAAUAGCUCAGUCAGUCCUCUGCAGAGUCCGAGUUCUGGAACACCCAGCCCCACUUUAUGGGCACCUCCACUUGCUAAUACGUCAAGUGCCACAGGUUUCUCUGCAAUCCCACACCUUAUGAUUCCAUCUACUGCCCAAGCCACAUUAACCAAUAUCUUGCUGUCUGGAGUGCCCACCUAUGGGCACACAGCGCCAUCUCCCCCUCCUGGCUUGACGCCUGUUGAUGUCCACAUCAACAGUAUGCAGACAGAAGGCAAAAAAAUCUCUGCUUCUUUAAAUGGACAUGCGCAGUCUCCAAAUAUAAAGUAUGGCGCAAUAUCCACUACAUCACUCGGAGAAAAAGUGCUAGGUACAAAUCAUGGUGAUGCAUCCAUCCAGACGACUGGGUCAGAGCAGGCUUCUCCCAAACCCAGCCCUGCGGAAGGGUGUAAUGAUGCUUUUGUUGAGGUAGGCAUGCCUCGAAGUCCUUCCCAUUCUGGAAAUGCUGCUGACUUGAAACAGAUGCUGGGCCCCCCCAAAGUCUCCUGUGCCAAGAGGCAGACAGUAGAGCUGUUGCAAGGCACAAAAAACUCACACUUACACAGCACUGACAGGUUGCUCUCAGACCCUGAGCGGAGCGCUGCAGAAAGCCCACUGGCUGACAAGAAGGCUCCAGGCAGUGAGCGCGCUGCGGAGAGGGCUGCAGCUGCCCAGCAGCACUCUGAAAGGGCCCGCCUUGGCCCGCGCCCACCGUACGCCAACAUGCAGGCAUUUGACUAUGAACAAAAGAAGCUAUUAGCAACCAAAGCUAUGUUAAAGAAACCAGUGGUGACGGAGGUCAGAACGCCCACAAAUACCUGGAGUGGCCUGGGGUUUUCUAAGUCCAUGCCAGCUGAAACCAUCAAGGAGCUGAGACGGGCCAACCAUGUCUCCUAUAAACCCACCAUGACAACUACUUAUGAGGGCUCAUCAGUGUCCCUGUCACGGUCCAACAGUCGUGAGCAUUUGGGGAGUGGAAGUGAAUCGGACAACUGGAGAGACCGAAAUGGAAUCGCACCCACAAGUCCCAGUGAAUUUGCAGCGUCUAUCGGCAGCCCCAAGCGUAAACAAAACAAAUCGACGGAGCACUAUCUCAGUAGCAGCAAUUACAUGGACUGUAUUUCGUCGCUGACAGGAAGCAAUGGCUGUAACUUGAACAGCUCUUUCAAAGGCUCUGAUCUCCCCGAGCUCUUCAGCAAACUUGGCCUGGGCAAAUAUACAGAUGUCUUCCAGCAGCAAGAGAUUGAUCUUCAGACAUUCCUCACUCUCACAGACCAGGAUCUGAAAGAGCUGGGAAUUACUACUUUUGGUGCCAGGAGGAAAAUGCUGCUUGCAAUCUCAGAACUAAAUAAAAACCGAAGAAAGCUUUUUGAACCACCAAAUGCACGCACCUCUUUCCUGGAAGGUGGAGUGAGUGGCAGGCUGCCCCGACAGUAUCACUCAGACAUUGCCAGUGUGAGUGGACGCUGGUAGCACUACCCUCUAGGCACACACCUGCCGCUGCCUGGAGAGCCGGCCUGGGAGACUUGUGAGCGGCUUCCACUGCACACCGUCCUCAGCACUCUGGGUGUCUGGUACCAGGACCAAAGCAUCUACUCGCACCUGUACUCUGUGGUAGAAAGGAAGACAGCAGAGAAGAUGGUCUUUAUGCUGCCGUACAAAACGCCAAAUGGGGAUUAUUUUUUUUAAAUGGCAUUUGGACAGAAUUUACAACAUGAGGAUAAGGCUUUAUUCCCUUUUUUAAACCUGUAUAACAUAUGCACUGAUUUUUUUUUUUUACUUAAAAUGAAGGAUACAUUAACAUCUGGGAUGCCAGAAAACUUAGAAGUUAUUUUGUUUGUUUUGGUAUUUGGGAAUUUAAAAAAAAAUAAUCAAAGCGGAAUUUCUGGUACUGCUUUAAAAGAAUGAUUGAGGGCUUUCAGCACUUUACAUGUUCUGACUUCUUGUCCUGUGGAAACUUUCUUUUUCUCUUCUUCUUUCUCUCAGUUUCAUAUUGGUACAGAUCAGAUUUAGUCAUAUUUUUCUGACUACAUCAAAUUUUUUAUUUGAAAUGGUACUGGAUAUUAGUUUCUCUGCAGACUGUUCUGUGACUGUGGGAAAUGUGAGUCCACUCGGUUAUGGACCAAUUUUUGUCAUUCUUGUCUGCAUCCUGGGAACUCUUAGCAGUGAACCUGGCUCGCGGUAACAGGUGCAAAGACAGACCAGAUGAGAUUUGCAAUAUUAACCCUUUGCAGUCUUCAUAUUUAGCUGCUGCCUGUAUUGCUAAAAUGAUUUUAAUGGUUGUUGGAAGGCAGAGGGCUGUUUUUAUUUAGUAUACUGCCACUAAAGGACAUUUAUUUAUAUCAAACUUUUAUUUUUAGAUAUUAUAAGCAUACAGUACAUAAUUGAUGAAAUUGAUAUUUGCUAGAGAUUUAUGGUAGAGAAUGGACGGCAUUCAAUAACUGGAGCCCUAGAUUGUCACUUUAUUUAAAAAAGAUAAAUAACCAUCUGACAAGACAGCACUGUUGCCAUUAUGAAAAGAAAAAGAUUACGUCCUUACGAUGUGCACAUGAACUGUGCUCCGUGUGGUCACAGGACUUUCCUAAAAUUGCUUCCAGUAGGCUUGUGAAUGGGAAGGCUUUAUUUACGUCUCCAGGGUGACAGCUUAUAAAGAUAGCUGAAUUCUGAAGGGAAAGAAGAAACCGUUUUCUAAGUGGCUAGAUUUAUUGUUAUAAUCAUACUGUGAAAGUCCAAGAAAUCGGGCAACAUUGUUUCCUGGGUCUUUUCAGAUACCUUAUUGUGGAUUUAUGAAGGUUUUCAAUCCAUGCAGAAAAUCACUAAAGUGCCUUUCUUUAUUCAAAGCAAUAUUAUUUCCAAGUGUAUUAAUUUGUUGGGAAGCUUUCCCAUAGGAAAUGUUCUCAAUUACCUAUAAUGACUUAUUUAUAUUUAGUAUUCAGGAUUUUCUAUGUGGACAUAAACCACUGUCAUAUGCUCUUAGUAGAAGGCAUUAGAUAAACUUCUACAACCCUUGGGAAAUUAUACCAAUGUGGACUAAGAAAUACUUAUGCAAACCUUUUUCCCUGGCUAACCCUUGCCAUUAAACUGAGAACAAGAAUUGAAAAUGUAUUUUGCACAUAGAAAAAAUGUUCACUUUAAAAAAUGAACCCUGGUCACUUUGAAGGCGUAGACAACGCACCUAUUAUAAAAUGAACAGUUAAACGCAAUCGUAUCUGCUUUAGAACAUAGAACCCAGUCACUCCUUUUGCACGUAGAGAGCCAUCUUCCUAUGCACAUGCACAGAUGGUCACGCAGACCUCCCUGGUCAUUGCGUGAAAGUGCUAUGCUGAAUAUUCAAGCACAGCAUAACAGCCCCAGCUUUGUUUCCUGUUCAACAUCUCAAUUUUGGAAAUUUGAUGAUUUCUUUUUUAAGACCUUCCCGAAAUGAAUAAGAUAAUCAUUUGGAGCCCUUCUCUCACCUUUCCACUGUGUAUUUGCCAAUAAGAGGAGGAGAGAAUGAAUAUGCAGUAUUAAAUUGGUACAGGUUUUAUGAUACAGCAUGUUCUUACUAUGCCAAAGGGAAUACUGUCCCACUUAAAAUAGGUAAAAUAGGGUAGCUAAAAACAAAUAAAGACACUGGAAGUUAUUUUUCUCACUUUCUCGUGAUAGAAUGAAGGGAAUAUGACACUACAGUAUACAAAGUGGUCAGUGUUAUAUGAUGCACAGAAUAUCUGGAUUAUUUGAAUAAAUGUUAGCUUUUAAUCAAUCUGCGCCUUAAUAGUGACUGGUUAUCUGUAAAUAGAGAACAGAUACAGAUUGUAUUUUUGUGUGGGUUUUUGUCCUUUCAGUGACUUUUUUAAAAAAUGAAAGAUGGAAUUAACAUUGAAAAUGGGAAUUUUUCUAAUCAAUUGUUACAUGAGAAAUAAAUUUAUAUAACCCCUUUGUA